UUGGAGAGCAUAUAGAAAAGCUAACAACUUUGCUUUCAAACUGGGCUGAGAUUUGGGAAAGAGAAAACUGGGAAGGAGACUCUAACUUAGGUGACAUUACACCGCAAAGUGAGAGAUCCUACAGGAUGCUUGCCUUCUUAAUGUUAGCGCUUGUAUCACAGGCCAGCCGCUUGGACGCGUCUCAACGACUUCCCACAGACAUAUUUAUCCUAGCCGGACAAAGCAACAUGGCCGGCCGGGGAGGCGUGAUCAACAACACUAAGAUCGGCAAACUAACUUGGGAUGGCAUUGUUCCUCCCCAGUGCCAACCAAACCCAUCAAUUUUCCGGCUAAGUGCCAACCUCACAUGGGUUCUAGCCCACGAGCCUCUCCACGCCGACAUCGAUUAUAACAAGACCAAUGGGAUUGGACCAGGAAUGGCAUUUGCUAACGCAGUCUUGACCAAGGACCCAACCAUCGGGGUAAUGGGUCUGGUGCCAUGUGCAAUCGGAGGGACAUAUAUAAGUCAAUGGGCGAAGGGAGGUUUCCUUUAUGACCAGUUGGUGCGGAGAACUCGAGCAGCCUUGAAGAGCGGUGGCGAUCUUAGAGCGAUGCUUUGGUAUCAAGGGGAGAGUGAUACGAUCAUUAGAGAAGAUGCCGAUGCCUACAAAGGGAGAUUAGAAAAGUUUUUCAAGGAAGUCCGGGCCGAUCUGCAAUAUCCUACGCUACCAAUAAUCCAGGUGGGUCUGGCGUCGGGAGAGGGACUUUUUACGGAGACCGUAAGGGAAGCUCAACUGGGAAUUAACCUCCCUAACGUGCAAUGCGUUGACGCCAAGGGACUGCCUCUUGAGCCUGAUAGACUGCACCUAACAACGCCUGCUCAGGUUCAGCUCGGCCAGAUGUUGGCUCAUGCGUUUCUUCAAUCCCUGUCCACCCCAAUUCGCACCAGCAUUAAUUCUGCUACAGCACUUUCUUUCUUGGCUUCUGACAAUUUUGUAGGUCUAAUAAUAUUAAUUUUUUUAUUUCACUUUUUUUAUUUGUUUGUCUUGCCGUAGUAUAGGAUAAUAUUCUUCUUACGCAAUUGUAGUGGGAUAUGAAUUUUGAGUUUUAAAUCAAAAAUGGAAUCUCAAGAUCUACCUAAUAAUUAAAUGAAAAAUUAAAUGUACACCUCUUCAUUAAUUCCCCAUUUUUUUAUUAUAUUGCUGUAAUUUAUUAUUCCAA